AUGCUCAAGUUCUCGUUCGCCAUCCUCGCUGGCCUUCUGGCUUAUGCGUCGGCGAUACCUCUCACCAAUAACGACAGUGUUGCGAUUACUCCAUUGGGGGGGGGGCCGGGGGGGGUCACCAAGCGUGCUCCGGAGUGGGCGAUCAACAAAGAUCUCAGGGAACUAUUGGCCGACCGAGCCGGCCUGAAGGACGUCAAAAAGCAGCGUGGACGCCUGGAAAAAGCAGUGAAGGAAGCAUCGACAUGGAGCGAUAACCCUGGUCUACAAAAAUAUGUUGAACAGAGUUACGUGGCUUUCGAGCCCCGCAUACAGGGUCAUCCGGCUUACGAAAAAGAUAUACUUCAGAGAGUGGAAGAAGCCGGCUAUAUACUGGACUUUGGCACCGGUUUCACACAGGAUAUGCAGCAGCUCGUCAAGGACGGCGCUUCUCAAAGUUAUAUAUUCGGGUUCGACCUUGACCCGAGGCCCAUCUCCGUUGGCCUUGAACUUUUUGGAGACAACUCUGGCUCAUCCAAUAAUAAUAACUUGCUCGAGGGCAACUUCCACGGGGGCGUUAACAUAUUGCAUCCUGAGGAAUGGGAUGAUGAUGUAAACGAUUUACUGGGCCAGUUUGUGGUCGUGCAUGCGUCCAAGCUCUUCCAUCUGUUCUCCAAGGAUGACCAGAAGAAGAUUGCGCUCAACCUCAUCCAUUUCCUGGUCAAGGAUAACGACAGUGGAAACCCGCUCAUCGCAGGGGUGAAUGUCUUUCAGGAAUCCGCCAAGGACCCACGGUACCACAAUAAAGCCACGUGGAAGACGCUUUGGGAGGAAGUCAAGGACUCAUUCAACAAGGAUUCGGAAAAUGAUCAAAUAAAGAAUAUCGAUACAAACACACAUAUGGUGCCGAAAGCUUCGCCCGACGAAAAACAGAUGACCUGGUUCGAGGUAUAUGUCGAAUGGAAGGGUUGA